ACAGAGAGAGAGAGACACACACAGACAGUCAAAGACACGGAGACAGAGAGACGCGGGGAGACAGAGAGAGACACGCGGAGACAGAGACACGGAGACAGAGAGAGAGAGACACGGAGAUGAGACACGGAGGGUCCGCGGAGCGACACGGAGACGCAGGGACACAGAGAGACGCAGGGAGACAGACGCUGGGCCCAGCAGAGCCCACAGCCUCACUCGGGGCUGGCUCGCCUUGGGGUGACUCACCCUGGGCUGACUCACCCUGGGCUGACUCACUAUGGGCUGACUCACCCGGGGGUGACGGCGGUGGUGGUGCAGCAGCCGCCCGCGACCAGCAGGGAGGGAGCCUGUGGUGAAUCCGUAACCCGCCGAGACUUCUGCCCGAGAGAGUUCGUGCGGCCCGAGAUGGCCUACAGGCCCCGGGCCACCUACCAUCCUCCUGCAGGGCCCUUCCAGGGCAUCACGCUGUAUCGUGACGACUUCCGCGGCUGGCCGCUGGCCGAGCACACCCAGGGCUCGUGGGCCGCGGGGUCCACGUGGAGGCCGCCGGGCCGGCGGGCCUGGUCGGCACCGGAGGAGGGCUCUAGGGACGCGUGGAGGGCGGGACCCCACGGACAUGUCGGGUCCCAGUGGCGGGAGCCGGCGGGGUUGUCAACUGUGCAGCUGCGAGGUGCGGAGGUGGAGAGGGGGCGUGAGCGGGCGCGGAGACACAGAGACCAGGCCAACGCCUACAUCAGGGAUCACCACCGGGGACCCCCGCCCGCUCCGCUCCACCAACACCACCACCACCAGCAGCAGCAGCAGCACGGCCGCUCCUCCUCCUCCUCCUUCGCGGUGGCCCCCCGCGCCUCCUCCUACGAGACGAGCUACAGCGCCAUGACCUCCCCGGGCUCGUGCCCCCCACUCCGAGGCCUCCCCAGCCCCGACGCAGCGGGGGGGGGCCCACGGUGGACGCCCCCCCGCGGAACCCAGCCCGCUCGGGCGGCCCCCCAGGAACAACACUUUGGAUAUCGCAAGCAGGACAUCCAGGCCGCGGAGGGCAAGCAGCUACCCAUCAGCCCCACGGGCAGGAAGUUGCGGCAGGAAACGGCGAGCCACCACCAACAGCACCAACAACAGCAGCAAACGCCGCAACAAAAGAAACGGCCGCCCGCCAAACCGGCCGCCACCCGCCCCCUGACGAUUGGCGCGGCCAGCACCGGGCCCCCGUUACCGCGGACCCCCACCGAGGGCCGAUGGCGGACGCCGGCGGCCACCGCCGGAGCGGGAGGCAGCCCCGGCCCGGUCGGGCGGGGAGGCCGGAGGGGCGGCCGGGAAGGGGCGGCGGCGACGCGUGGCAGCCAGGAGACUCCCCCGGGCGAUGCGGCGGUGGAAGGGCAGCGGCAGCAGGGGAGGGCGAGGGGUCAGGCCAGGGGUCGCAGGGGCACGCUGGGGGGCGCCGCCAAGGAGACGAGGUGGGGCGGUAGCCACGAGGUCAAGGGCGGCGGGGCGAAGGAACCCAGAGGGGGCGGAGCCGCGGAGGUCAAAGGCGGCGGCGCGAAGGAACCCAGAGGGGGCGGAGCCACGGAGGUCAAAGGCGGCAGGGCGAAGGAACCCAGAGGGGGCGGAGCCGCGGAGGUCAAAGGCGGCGGCGCGAAGGAACCCAGAGGGGGCGGAGCCGCGGAGGUCAAAGGCGGCGGCGCGAAGGAACCCAGAGGGGGCGGAGCCGCGGAGGUCAGAGGCGGCGGAGCGAAGGAACCCAGAGGGGGCGGAGCCGCGGAGGUCAAAGGCGGCGGGGCGACGGAACCCAGAGGGGUCGGCGGUCGGGACGCAGGGAGGGUCAGGGGUAAGGGCGUCGCUGCGCCGGGAUCGGGCGGGGAAGCGGGCGACGGGGCAAGGGUGGCGAAGGGGGGCGUAGAGAGCGACGGGGCGAGGGACAGCGGCGCCCAGGCCGUCGCGGCGAAGCAGCGGCGGGAGGGGGACGCGGCCCCGCGGGUCGGCAAGGGGGCCGCCGAGACGAAUAAUAAACUGGCGGAGGCCAAGGAGUGAGAGCGGGCGUCGCUGGUUCUGGGUGGGGGGUGGGGAGGAGGCAGCUAGGCCAGUGUGAGUCUUGCGGUGAUGGUGCCGGUGGCGGUGGUGGUGGUGGGGAGCGGUGGCGCAGCGGUCAGCGACCCUAUGAAAACCCGGCGGCCCGAGAGUUCGAUUCCCGCUCACGGUGACGAUUGUCUGAACCGGUUCUGGGC